CCCACACCACUUCUAUAAAAUUCAAAGAGUCGCGAUCCAGUCAAGCAUUCGCACUCUGCAGCAAUGGUAGCAGGUGUUCAAGGCGCGAAAUCUCGCGCUACAGGCACAUCCAGCGACAACCAAGACAUUCCAGAUGAAGCUGAGAUGAGUGCACUGUUCGAGGCGGCCAUGCGGCAGCAACAACGCAGUGCGGAGCCCAAGGUGACGCCCGAAGAGCAGACCAGGUUCUUGUCGGCCAUGAAAGACCCCGAGUUCCGGUCUCUCUUAAACGAGUACAUGCAGGAGAUUUCAGAUCCUCGUAACCGCGAAGAAACUGAACGGUAUUUGUCCCAACUCGAGAGCGAGCAGAAGGUUCCGACCGAUAAACAAUUGAUAAAACCCACACCAGGCUUCGUGGUUAAGACCAAGUGGGAUAAUACCCACAAGAUCUUCAUUAAUGUAUGCAGCAGUGACAAGAUGCAGCCACCUUCGAGCACUCGAGUGACUUCUGGUCAACAGGGAACGUCCUGGAACUUGCCCUACUCUUUAGGACCCGAGAGACUCGAGCCAGACAAAGGAGGAGCUAGUGUACCCACUUUCGACGUGUGCUUCCAUCCAAGAGUUGUUGAAUUCUCAAUGACUAGAGCAGAUUACAGACGUAUGGUCAUUAGUACGUCUCUGGAUGCCGUUGAGCCGAUAAUGAGAGAGUCAAGACGCAAGCCAAGCGCCCUAUUAACAAGGAACUGCCAUGUUCUCAAAGGUGUGGUCUACAAGUCUGGGGUCCCUGUUACCAUGUGUUUACGGAAAGAACGAGAAGGUUCAGAGUCUUUUACAACAAAGAAGAAAACAGAGAGUCAAGGUACUAAAGAGACGAGCAAUGAUGGAGACAAGAAGAGGCCGCUUGAGACGGUAAAACGUGUGGAAAACAACGCUGAUAAAUCGGUUUUGAGCCAAUUGACGCAUGUAGAAGAGACGGAGAAGAGCUCUGCAUUGAUGAAGGAAGUGUCAAGUGUCCAGCUUGAUACAAAGCAACAGUCUGACAAGAAGAAGAUGGAGUAUCAACUUAUUUAUCGUGGAAAAUUUGAGCUUCUCCACCACAUGCAAGCAGAUCCAGACAAGAAGGUUCCUGAGGAUCGUUAUCGUCCCAAAGAGCUCGUCGUUGAGAUAAACUUCCCCCUGUCUUCAAGUGCCAAAGGUCUGGACUUGGAUGUAAGCGAGAAGAUGUUGCGUCUGUCGGCUAGCCCUAAUGUGCCUGGUAACUAUGAGCCAUUGGAGUUAACUCUCCCCUUUCCAGUGAUUGAGGAUAAGGGAAGUGCCAAGUUUGACCGCAAAAAGCACAAACUCGUAGUCACUUUACCCAUUCAACCUCCACCUAAGCUGAAGCGACAGCCGGUGUCUUUGAUCGUUCAGGAUGAUGAAGAAGAAGAGGAUUUGAGUGAGAGUGAGGUUGAGAUGCCAGAAACCACUGAAGUGCACGUGCCGAAGCCGAAGAAAGAGAGCAAUGACGAGUUCCGUAUGCUUAGAGAGACAGCAUUAAUGGUAGAAAAUGACCCACAGAUAGUGGCACACAAGCGACGAAGCCAAACCCCUGCGGUGACGGAGCCAGCGGCUAUCAAGGACGAAAUGUACGACGACUUGCCGCCACUUGAGAGCUGUGAUGAAGAAGAAGAGACCGUGACUGACUCGGUAGCUGAGAGCUCCAAGGUUGUGAUUAAACCGCCUUUCGAGACGCAUGGCACGCCGAUGUGUUUGUCCUACAUUGUGAAUGUGGCAGGGAUUGACUCGGCGAGUGUGAAACUUUCGUUUCCAUCGACGUCGUCGUUGUGUCUGGAGUUCUCUGACAAUGAGAAGAAGGUGUAUGCAUUGGAGGUUGCAGUGCUUCCAGUUGAUAUCGAUCCGUCUACUGCUGAGGUUAACGUGGCCAGUGAGAACAUGGUGGUUAUCCUUCAGAAGAACAAUGGGGUCUCAGAUGCUGACUUGGCUCAGAAAGCCAUGCAACCCGAUGCACCCGCACCACCAGCUCCAGUUACUGCGGCAAGAUUCCAGAACCAACUCCUCUAUGAGCUGGAUUAAGACUCGGACGAAUGCAAGACAAAUAUAUUCAAUCUGUACUUUAUGUACUGCAUAGACUGUAGUAUACACAUUUUAUUUUUUAUAAGCGUUACUUAGGCACUUCCAGACACCAGUCUGCCUUCCAUAG